GUGGUUGCAUUUCCGUUCCAAACCUACAGUCUCUUUUCCCCCUUAUCAGUCCUUCUAUCAUACUACUACUAUUACUACUCUAUUACUGCUGCUGCUGCUGCUACCACCUACCCCAUCCAUCAUUCCGAAACAAGAUUUCCUUUCUCUGCCAUUGCACCCGCAACAUUCCUUCCCACGCCGGGCUCUCAUGGCCCCCAGAGAGGACAUGUUGCCGCCUGGCUGGGAGGAUCUAGACAGGCAGAUGGGCCAGCUAUUUAUGAUGGGCUUCGACGGAACGUCUGUUAGCCCUCAGAUCCGCUCAUUGAUCAAAGACUACCAUCUGGGCUCGGUCCUACUCUCUGCCAAGAAUCUAAAAUCUGCCGAGGAUGCAACGCGACUGGUCCUGGAACUCCAGACAAUUGCCCGGGAUGCUGGCCAUCCGGUGCCACUACUCAUCGCUCUCGAUCAAGAGAACGGAGGCGUGAAUAGUCUGUAUGACGAGAUAUACAUCCGACAGUAUCCUAGCGCCAUGGGAAUCGCCGCUACGGGCUCGAAAACUCUGGCCCACGAAGUCGCAACGGCCACUGCACAGGAGCUUAAGGCAGUCGGGGUUAACUGGAUCCUCGGCCCAGUUUUAGACGUACUCACAAACGUACGGACCCAGCCUCUAGGCGUCCGCACCACCGGUGACGACCCGCAAGAGGUGUCGCAAUACGGUGUGGAGUUCAUGAAGGGCUACCAGAAAGCAGGUUUGGUCACCUGUGGCAAGCAUUUUCCGUCAUAUGGUAACUUGGAAUUCCUCGGGUCUCAGACUGAUGUCCCAAUCAUCACGGAGUCACUGGAACAGCUCAGUCUCACUGCGUUGGUGCCUUUCCGCAACGCUAUUGUCCAGGGGCUGGACUCCAUGAUGGUUGGGGGCGUUUCAAUGUCCUCCGCCGGCGUCAACGUUAUGCAUGCCUGUCUGAGUGAGCAAGUUGUUGAUGAUCUGCUACGGAAGGACCUGAAAUUCCAAGGCGUUGUCGUUUCGGAGUGUCUAGAAAUGGAGGCCCUCACACACAACAUUGGUGUUGGCGGAGGAACGGUGAUGGCCAAGAAUGCGGGAUGUGAUAUUAUACUCCUCUGCAGGUCGUUCCAGGUGCAGCAAGAGGCUAUCAAUGGCCUAAAACUCGGCGUGGAGAACGGUAUCAUCGGGCGGGCCCGCAUAGAGCAAUCUUUACGCAGGGUUCUUAACCUGAAAGCCAAAUGCACCUCCUGGGAGCGGGCCCUCAAUCCUCCCGGCAUCCCUUCGCUUACGCAGAUGCAACCGUCUCAUACAAGCCUCUCCACCCGGGCAUACAAUAGCUCUAUCUCAGUUGUGCGGGAUAAAAAGAACCUUCUUCCCCUUUCCAACAUCUUGGAAUCAAACGAAGAGCUGCUUUUACUCACGCCAUUAGUGAAGCCGCUGCCUGCUUCAGCCGUAUCCCGCUCCGUGAGUGAGCACUCAAAUGUGUCGCUCGAUCCUAUAUCAUGGGACCGGACGGCUUCCGUGCUGAGCGGCGAAAGCGUCUUCAAGGAGCUUGGACGGUCCCUUUCGCGGCAAAGGAGUGGCCGUGUCUUGCAUACAUCUUACACGGCGAACGGCGUGCGUCCGAUCCAUGAAAAUCUCAUUGACCGGGCCAACGCAGUGAUCGUUGUCACUGCAGACGCUAACAGAAAUCUAUACCAGCAUGGGUUUACUAAACACGUCUCUAUGAUCUGUAGAUCACAAUUUACCCCAUCUGGUGAAGCUCGCGAGAAGCCUCUCAUUGUUGUCGCUGCCAGUUCUCCAUACGACUUCGCCAUGGAUCCAUCUAUUGGAACCUAUAUUUGCACCUAUGAUUUCACUGAAACCGCCCUGGAAGCCCUGGUCAAAGUACUCUAUGGAGAGUUGAACCCCGUUGGCUCAUUGCCUGGUUCUAUAAGCCGCAGCCAGAAGCUGCACCAAGCAAGACAACACUGGCUGGUAGAAGCUUGGAAUGAGGAGAGAGAUGCACGCUCUUUAGAUUCCCUUCUGGACGCGGUCAGAGGAGAUUGUGCCCAGGGACAACGUUCAGAAUUAUUGGGAGUAACUUCGAGCAGCUUCCUGCUUCGGCGGGAGGAGGUUGACGAAGCGCAUUUCGUCGUUCGGAACAGCAGCACUCAAGCAUUAUACGGCUUUUGUUCUACGUACUUCUUUCGCUCCACGGGGACUGGUGUUAUUGGAUCUUUAAUCGUCCAUCCUGCGCGACGAAAGUUGUCGAUAGGAAAUUCACUCCACAGCCGCGCCAUUCGAACACUUCUCCAGCGAAAAGGCGUGAAAAGAUUCCAGCUCGGAUCACGGCUUCCAGGGAUUUAUCUUGGUAUCCCAUCGGCGAACCCAGUAGAGCGUAAAAGGCUGCGGCAAUGGUUUGCAAACCUGGGCUGGAACACGGCGCUCUCGCGGCCCGUUUGCAGCGUGGUGCUCCGCAACCUGACCACUUGGACGCCACCCGACGGGCUGGUCUUUGGCCUUCAAAAUGCAGACGUGACCUAUGACCUCGUCCAUGGCUGGGAUUACGCGGAUUCCAUCCUUGACCAUAUCAAGACGAACUCCAGGCAAGGUGUGAUAGACAUCUACAGGGUAGCUCUAGGAGGGGCUCCACAUUGUGGCAUCAUUCGGGCUACACGGCCUGGCGAUGGGGCUAUCCUGGGAAGCGUAGUCAUAUAUACCGGACGGGCGACCUUGGCGGAACAUAUGCCCGCGUUGAAGUCUACCCAAGUCCCGGCAGGAGGUAUCUCAUCUCCAGUUAUUUCGCCUUCAGUUGGCGAGUACGCCACAGUCAUGCAGGGGUUGGUCUUGCUAGGCAUCAAACAGAUUCGCAAACAAGGCGCCGAGGCGGUGAUCAUGGACAGUGUUGAUAUCGAUGGCAGUUUUGACUGCUUGUCAGGACUGGGUUUUAGCACUCUGCACAGCUUCGAAGAGGUCAAUUGCGACGCAGCGACAUGGACCAUGGUGCCUGGACCUUGACCGCUUUUCCUCUUGUGAACCCACCGAAAUCUCACUUGGUCUCGAUACUCAUUUGCUUGGUUGCCUGCUGCCAUAUGUAUGAUUUCUGGAGGCUUCUCGGCAUCGUACAUACGAUAUCCACCAUAUAGUUGCAUCUUUCCUUGUAACAUGUGUUCUCUCGCCCUGUUUCGCGAGCUUUUCUGUUGGGAGAGUUCAACGCCUUUCCUCUCUAUGUCUGUAUUAAGAUACCUUCUUAGCUGGUUCCAUCGAGCCAAUCAGC